CAGGACCCUCUGCCACUUGUUCCACGGGCCCUGGCCCACCGCCAUGAGCCAGGCUCAGCAGCUGCGGGCUGAGAGCGACUUUGAGCAGCUCCCUGAUGACGUCCCCAUCUCAGCCAACAUCGCCGACAUCGAAGAGAAGCGAGGCUUCACUAGCCACUUUGUUUUUGUCAUUGAGGUGAAGACGAAAGGGGGAACCAAGUACCUCAUCUACCGCCGGUACCGCCAGUUCUACGCCUUGCAGACGAAGCUGGAGGAGCGGUUCGGGCCUGAGAACAAGACCAACUCCUUCUCGUGCACCCUUCCUGUCCUCCCAGGUAGGCGGCCAACUCGGAGCCGGCGCCCGCUGGCCCAGGGCAAAGCUAGUCCAGCUGCCAUCGGCUGGUUCUCCCGCCUGCUCAGCCUGCCCGUCUGGGUGCUGAUGGACGAGGAGGUCCGCAUCUUCUUCUACCAGUCGCCCUACGACUCGGAGCAGAUACCCCAGGCUCUCCGCAGGCUGCGCCCGCGCACCCGCAAGAUGUAAGUUGCAGCCAGCUCCUGCCCCCCACGCGCCCCCCACCCCGACCCCCAGGCGUAUGCCCUGUUUGACUUCACUGGUAACAGCAAGCUGGAGUUGAACUUCAAAGCCGGCGACGUGAUCUUCCUUCUCAGCCGAAUCAACAAGGACUGGCUGGAGGGCAGUGUCCGGGGCACCACGGGCAUCUUCCCGCGGUCCUUCGUGAAGGUCCUCAAGGACUUCCCCGAGGAAGAUGACCCCACCAACUGGCUGCGCUGCUACUACUAUGAAGACACCAUCAGCACCAUCAAGGACAUCGCAGUGGAGGAAGACCUCAGCAGCACCCCACGGUUCAAAGACCUGCUGGAGCUCAUGAGGCGGGAGUUCCAGAAGGAGGACAUUGCCCUGAAUUUCCGGGAUGCUGAGGGGGACCUGGUGCGGCUGCUUUCCAAUGAGGAUGUGGGGCUGAUGGUGAGGCAGGCCCGAGGCCUCCCCUCCCAGAAGCGCCUCUUCCCCUGGAAACUGCACAUCACCCAGAAAGACGACUACAAGGUCUACCACACCGUUCCCUGAGGGAAGACCGGGUGCCUCCGAAAGAGCCCUCGACCCUCAGAGGGGACCAGCACCAGGAAUGCUGGGGGGAGGGGACCCUCAUUCCAGUCCUGGUCUGGGCUUCGUUGGGCUUGGCUCUCUCUCUUGCAUGCUCUGUUUCCACAUUUUAUCUAUGAAUUGAAUAAACAUUGUUGCCUCCAAGGGCGAGAUUGGA